GAGAAGCUCCGGGUCUGCUUACCUAACAUCCCGGCGGACGGGAAACACCAAAGACGCCGAGCGACUUUUUCACUGGAAAGCCUUCCAGCUCCGCUUCCUUCAAAUCAACCCCCGACUCCCCGAGCGGAUCAUAUACAGCCCUUCUUGCAAUUUGACACGGUCUGCGACGCUUAUUCGUCCCAGAUUCCCCCGGGCUGGUCUCACCCUUACUUUCCCUUCUCCAUUGUCCUUUUUCCGCGACGAACCUGUUGGCCGGCAUCGCGUGACGACACCUUGCACCUUCGAUAAUUCGAAUCCAAAACAUCCAAAAUGUCCGAUCUCACAUCAUCCUUUUCCUUCCUCACGGAAAAUCCCGCCGCCGCGGCGAUCAAGGAUGCAUACACCUCGUUCUCCGAGCGGAGGGCGUUGCUCAACCUGCCCAACCCGGGCACCGUGGAUAACAUCGCGAGAGAGGUGCAGAAGGAGGUUCUGCUGUCCAACUUCAUGUUCAGCGGUCUUCGCGCAGACCUGACCAAGGUCUUCGGCAUGACCCCUCUCUUCCGUGUGUCGCAUGCGUUCUCCAUGGGCUCGUCCGGCAACCUGCCCCCGUACGCCUUCUCCGCCAUGUACGGAAGCCCCAAGGUCUUCAUGCAAGGUAACUUCGGAAGCGAUGGCACCCUCUCUGCCGUCUACAACCACCGCUGGACCCAGGCUCUGGUCACCAAGGCCAACGCUCAGAUUAUGCCUGGGGCCACUCAGGGCCUGCUCCAGCUCGACAAUGACUACACUGGCGAUGAUUUCUCUGCUUCCCUGAAGGCCUUCAACCCCUCCUGCCUCGAGGGCGGUCUGACCGGUAUCUUUGUCGGUAGCUACCUCCAGUCCAUCACUCCCAGCCUCGCUCUCGGUUUCGAGGCCAUCUGGCAACGCCAGGGCCUGAACGCUCGUCCCGAAACUGCUCUGUCCUACUGCGCCAAGUACAAAGGAGACGACUGGAUCGGUACCGCCCAGCUGCAGGCCCAGGGCACCUUUGCUGCCACCUACUGGCGCAAGCUGUCCGAGCGCGUCGAGGCCGGUGUCGACAUGAACCUCCAAUUUGCUCCCAACGCCGCCGCCAUGAUGAUGGGUGGCCCCAGCCGCGAUGGCACCACCGCUAUCGGUGCCAAGUACGACUUCCGCGCCUCCACCUUCCGCGCCCAGGUCGACAGCGCCGGCAAGGUCAGCUGCCUUCUCGAGAAGCGCAUCGCCAUGCCCAUCUCUCUGACUUUCGCUGGUGAGAUUGACCAGGCUAAGCAAACCGCCAAGGUCGGCCUUGCCGUCUCCCUUGAGAUCGCCGGUGAGGAGUUGAUGGAGCAGCAGGAGAAGGCCGACCCUGCCAGCAUGGUCCCUCCUCCUUUCUAAGCUCCUGGCCCCGUCGCGAGUCCAACAUCUCGAGUCCGAUGCAUAUGACCCCCAUCUCUCGAGCUAAUCACCUUUCAACACCUCUGUUUUAGUAGUUCUUCGCUCCUCA